UGCGCAGAGGCCGGAAGACAGUUCCUGUGGCAUCGUGUAUAGGAUAUACAGGUUGUCGAGAGUCAAAAUGUUUCUGUGCGCAUCUACUGUCGAUUCUUUAGUCUUCAGUCUGUUCUGGUCCAGAUGGGACUGCGGGUCAUCCAGUGAUGAACCCACUAGCCAAAAUGCUUAUCAUCGAUCCAUCAGCGCACCCACCAUCGAUGCGUUGUCCAGGCCUGGUUGUUUGGCUGCUUGGGUAUUUCCAGAAUAGCAAAAGGAUCAGUAGAAGCAAGAAUAUCUAGCAAGAGCAUCUCCUCACCGUAGACCUGCAUAUCAGAAAUAAGAAACUAGCAAGAUGAUACGUACUUUUCCUCCGUUUUAUCUUCUGAUCGAUCCAAAAGAUCUCCAACACCAAACAAAAAUAGCACACUAUCGCUCCACUAGUCAAUCCUACGGUUUCAAUCUUAUUAUUACGCCCGAGAAUUCCAGACUCCUUCUCCCCUUCAUUAUCCCAGAUUUUUCUUGUCCCAUCACAAUCUCCAUUUUCAUUCUCAACGACUGCUGGGGUAGAAUAAUCGUCCUGUCUUCAUUCUCUGCGGUGUUGCGAUCCGGGGCCAGCCAGAGUGGGAAUUCCCUCCCCUCACAGUCUCCCCUGUCUUUCUCCCUCACCACCAGAUUAUUUCUUCUUUCUCCAUUUUUUUCCCCCUCUUUCCUCUUUUCGCUACAUCUUUUCCAUCCAUUAUUUUUUCGCUCUUCUUAUCCUCUCCCUUGCAUCCAACCUUACAACUUUCGACCUACGGAACUCUCGUCAUCCUUUCCCGCUGCCCGACUCUGCCUGAUCGCUGAUAAACCCCUCUUUCUCGCGACUGACGACAGAAACGCCUCCAACACAGCAUUGUCUCCGCCAUGGACCACGCUGGCUGGUCGUGACGGUGGCUGAUCUACUCGCGAGUUUGCAGUCGCUUCUUCGACUGCUGACCUCUUUUUCUACCAGUCUGUUUCGUACAACUCAUCGCUUUCUGCCCAUCAUCCCACCUUCCCCU